AUGAAUCAAGACACUGCUGUUCUUGUUGUGGUGUGGACUCUUCGUCUAUUGUUCUUGCUUCCCACUGCAUUUAUAUUUUUUAUUUCUCUACUGAAAAACCCUCUUUGUCUAUCUCUCCUGCAGUAUGGCAAGACCUUUGGAAACUCGAUCUUUUCUGUUCCCAAAUCUUGGUUUACCCACUUUUAUUUCUUUGGUUUAUUCUGGAACACUCUUAUCGGUUGUGGCUUACUGUCCUUGAAUCACUCUUUUUCCCAGUAUGCGUUGAAAACCAAUACGACUAUUCGAGUGGAUUAUAUGAUUUCUGGCCAGAGUUGGAUCGGCUGCAGCAUGAGUGGUCGAGUCUGGUUAAUAUGGAUCCUCAUUGAAUGCCAAACCCUUCGACGCAUGAUCGAAUGCCUUUUAUGGCAGUCUUCCAAGCGUACUUCAAGAAUGCAUAUUCUACAUUAUGCUGCAGGAUAUUUCUUUUACAUGUUUAUGCCGCUGGCUUUAUUGGUUGAAACCACCAUCAGGCCAAUUCUAUUCACUAUAUUUGAACUCGAGUCUUCAUUGAUUUCUCCUUGCAGCCAGCCAAUCACUUUUAAAAGCGGUAUAUUCUGCAUCGUUGGACUGUACAUCUUUUUCUGGGCUGGGUGUGAACAAAACUAUAUUCACAUGUACUUGUCAAAACUAAGGCAAAGGAUGGACUCUCGAAACCUAUCAAAAUCUAGAGAAUCUAAUACAGUUGGCCUGAAAAAUACCACUGACAAAUCAUUGCUCACUAUGGCUACCACAACUAAUACCUCUACAUCUCUAUCCACUUCAAACUACAUUCUACCACAGGGCAGAUGGUUUAAUUAUGUUGCAUGUCCACAUUACUUUUUUGAAAUCAUGAUUUAUGUUGGAUUUGUUGUGAUUGCUGGGUUUGCAGAUCUGACUACUUGGUGUGUAGUUUUGUUUGUUUGCGUAGAUUUGAGCGUGAGCUCAAACAUGCAAUGGAAAUGGUACAAGAAAACAUAUCCAAAUCAGAUCAAGUCUUUCUGGAAACGUAUCAUUCCUUUAAUCUUUUGAAAAGAUACUUUCAUGAUUAAUUCCCUGCAUCUGUCCCAAACCAUUUUAUAAUCUUUCUAGAAACAGUUUGAAAAAAGUAUCCCUGUACUGAAAUAAACCCCAAACCAUGUAAUUAAAAGUC